GCAGGAGGACUACAAUCUGCCGGGGGGAGGGGAGGGACCUGCGCGGUGCGCGUCCCGGCUGCGAGACCUUUAAAUGUAGUGUACGUGCAAAGAUGGCAGCGGACCUGCUGCGAGCCAAAGUGGGAGAGGAGAAGGUGAGAGACGGUCUCCAUCGCUUCACCAAAGAGAGGAACAACAACAACAAGGAGGAGGAGGAGGGGGGGCGGCGGCGCGACCUGUCGCCGGCCAUGGACCACCGGAGGCGGCGGUGUGACACGGUGAAGCUCCAUCACCUGCAGCUGCAACGCGCCGCGCACCGGAGCCUCCAGGCGCGUCAGCUGCCGCGACACCCCGGAGCGCACAACUUCACCGCGGACAAGCCUCGUCUCCUGCACCACCACCACCACCACCUCAGCCUCACCAACGGUGCGAAGAGGAGCCUGCAGCCUCCUCCUCCUCCUCCUCCUCCUCCUGCUGCGGCUGGUCCCCGGCGGCAGGCACCGGAGCAGCCGCAGCAGAAGAAGCGAGCGCCGCCCGCCGCCGCGCCGCCGCCUGCGCUCUUCACUUUCCCGCGUCUCCAAGUGUCCGAGGCCAAAACGCGGGACGUCGACGACGCGCGCCGGGACAAAGAGCCGCGGCUGAAGCCCAAGAAGGAGAACGCGGAGGGCGACGCGAAAGAGCGCGCGGAGCUGCAGAACAAGAAGAAGAAGAAGAACAAGGAGCCGAGGCCUCACAAUGAGAACAUCGAGUCCCUGACACUGCAGGAAUAUCUCCUGAAGAAGAAGAAGAGGAAGAAGAGGAGGAAGGAGCAGCAGCAGCAGCAGCAGCAGGAGCAGCAGCAGCAGCAUUGCGAGGAUGAGCACCGCGUCAAGAAGGUGCGACACACGCACAACAAAGCCGUUCAGACUGUGUGUGCGGGGCCGGGGGCAGACCUGCCUCCUCGCACCGACGCGACCCUCCCGGGCGCGGUGAAGCGCGCGGGCGACCGGCAGCCGAGCAGAGACACGAUCGACAGCCACCGACCCUACCUCCAGGCUCUCAAACUGGGACACGUCCCCUUCCUCUCCCACCAAGACCACCACAUCCGCAGCUCCUGCCUCCAGACGGGCACCUGGUACGGACGCCUCAUGCACGAGGAGAGGCAGGCCAACGGCGGGGGAGCGGUGCUGCACGCCUACGCUGACGAGUUGGCCUGUUUGAGUCCCGCUGAGACGGAGUGCUUUGCCCAGGAGUUCCUGGAGUUGGCCUUUGCCGAGAAGUCGCGAGGCGCGGCCACGUACGCCCUGGCGGUGGUGCACAGGGCGGCCGCCUACCUGCCGGACUUCCUGGACUACUUCGCCUUCAACUUCCCCAACACGCCCGUCAAAAUGGAGAUACUGGGCAAGAAAGACAUCGAGACCACAACUAUCGCCAACUUUCACGCUCAGGUGAACCGGACUUACUGUUCAGGGACGUAUCGGGCCGGGCCCAUGAGGCAGAUCAGCCUGGUGGGAGCUGUGGACGAGGAAGUGGGAGACUAUUUCCCAGAGUUCCUCGACAUGUUGGAGGAAUCGCCCUUUCUCAAGAUGACCCUGCCGUGGGGAAGCCUCUCCGGCCUGAGGCUGGACUGCCGCUCUCAGAGCGACGACGGGCCCAUCAUGUGGGUGCGACCCGGAGAGCAGAUGGUGCCCACCGCCGACGUGCCCAAGUCUCCGUUCAAACGCCGCAGGUCCAUGAAUGAGAUCAAAAACCUGCACUAUCUGCCGAGGGCCAGUGAGCCCAGGGAGGUCCUGUUCGAGGACCGGACCAAGGCCCACGCCGACCACGUGGGUCAGAGUUUCGACUGGCAGAGCACCGCGGCUGUCGGGGUCCUGAAGGCGGUGCACUUUGGAGAGUGGAAUAGCCGACCGCGGACAACCAAAGACGUGGUGUGUUUCCACGCCGGUGACUUCAACGACGUCGUCCAGAGGCUGCAGCUGGAUCUGUAUGAGCCGCCGGUGUCUCAGUGUGUCCAGUGGGUGGACGACGCCAAGCUCAACCAGCUGCGCAGGGAAGGCAUCCGCUACGUCCGCGUCCAGCUCUGCGACGACGACAUCUACUUCAUCCCGAGGAACGUCAUCCACCAGUUCAAGACGGUGUCGGCGGUCUGCAGCCUGGCCUGGCACAUCCGUCUCAAACAGUACCAGCCGGACGACGAGGUCAGCGAGGAGGAGCGGCGCAGCGGGCUCAGCCCCACCUCAGGCCGAGUCUCCCUUUCCUCCCCUGCCAGGCCCGAUGCCACCGCAACGCCCCGCGCAAGACCCCAGGGGGGCGACGGCAUCCAGGGAGGGGUGGCUAAGGCCGAGGAACCAGAGUUCCAGAGGCCAACGACGCCGCCCCGGGAGCCCCAGGCGGCUCCACCACAGCCCACCCAGUCUGAUCACUUGCCCCGGACACACCGGGAUCCCCACUUUCCCUCGGCAGCAGUCCCCUCUGGCUGUAAACCCUCAAAACAGCCCGCGCUUCCAAAAGGCCUUGGCCACACUGCCGAGUUCCCUGAGUGAUCGAUCCCCUGCGCGGACCCCUCCUCUGUGUGGAGGAUGUGAAGACUCAAACUGAUGAGGAAGCCUUUCAACUCAAACUAUUCUUCACACGUUUUUUUAAAACCCUCAAAUGUCGGUUGAAAUGUCCCCUGCGCUCUUUUGAUGCGAUGACACACCUCUCUCAUUUUCACGUGUCCGCACUGAACUGGAACAUGUCUGCUUCCUCGGUGAGCUGGCGUGCAUUGUGUACAGAAUCGUCGUACUGCGUCAGUGUGUCGACUCGACUGUUCGGAUUCCGCGGCCAUUGAUCGGCCUUUGCAAUUUGAAUCCAAAGCCUGGCACAUGAUUGGAAUUAGUGGAUUCUGGCCUCGGCCAGAAAAGAAAGUCUUUUAUUUUGAAAGACAAACAUUUUGAAGGGGAGACAUUUUUCCUUUUAUUUUGAAACGAAAGCGACACACAAUUGACUCCUCAUGCAACGAGCACUUUUUUUUUUCUUUUUUUUUCCAGCUUUAUAAUUCGCAGUAACACGCACGCCGCUCUUUAUUCAAACGCCAUUUUAUACCAUUUUUCUUACUGUUGUUAAUUAUUUUAUUUAUUUUUCCGAAGACUGAACGCAUGUUGGUGACCAGUGGUGAAAGUCUCAGAUGAAACGAUGGCAAUCGACGUACAGAGCAGCUGUCUGGAUCUUUUCGUCCGGUCGUGGAGUUAGGUUGGUAAAUUAUUUUUUUAUCGUCCUCGCUGGGGACAUGUGAACGCCGUCCGCGCACCUCCCUCACUUCAUUAAUCACACUGUUUUAGUUUGAACUGGUAAUGUCACUAUAGUUUGACGAAAGGUCACCGAGGUCGUAUCCGCUCCUCUGAGUGUACCUCAGUGGUAUUAAGUUUUCUUUCUCUGACAGGCCUUAUAGGAACUUCUUACAGGAUGUAGGCCUCCCACGACUUCUGUCCUAAAAUCUUUAAACUUAAACUUUUUAAAGUUAACUGAGUUCACCGAAUGAUUUGAAUUGAAAAGUGCACAGUGCUGCUGAGCCUCGGGGAGGCGUUCGUCCCGUACUCUUUUUAAAAUGAGUGCUGUAAAGGAAGCGGUGACGUCGUGAUCCUGCCACUGACUCCGUCUUUAGUGCCUUGUACUGUAAAGGAUGAGCCUCAUUUUUAAAAACUGAGAGGUCUGUUCGCUGGUGAGCAGGAUGCAAAAGAGAAAAAGACCGGCAGCCUCAGUGUGUCAUGCUUUUAUUUAAUUUAUUUAAAUAGUCACAUGAUGCUUUUUUGUCUUCUACAUCUGCUCGUCACACGGAAGCAUCGAAUCGCCGCAUCAUCAUGUUGCUGUAGAUUAGAUCUGAGUCCGGAAGCCGCUAGAUUAUUUUUAAUUUGUCAGAAAUAUGUUUGACUCGCUGAAUCAAUGUAGGAAAUAAAUUGACGGUUCAAAUACUGUCACAUCGGCCUUUUGUCAUUUGUCGUGCUGCUCUGUGUUUUACACCAGCGACUGCAGCUAAUUCCUGUUUGUACCACUGGGCCAUUUUUAAAUCAUAUCUGUCAGUUACCGCAAUGGGAUCUAAUGUGAUUCAGUCUAAAGAGGGAAAAAAAGAAACAAUGAGAAAUUGAGAAUGCCUUGACUUUCUAUAUAUUUAUAUUAUUUUUUUAAUAAAUACUUUUGUGUGUAACCA